AUGCAGUCAAUGUUACAUAAACUACCAGCUGCAGCUGCUACACGGAAUCGACAAUUAGUAGAAAAGAAAUUUGGUGAUAAGAGAACAUGGCAGGAUAUGUGGUGGUCAACAAAUGACAAACUUCGAACAUUAGAGAAAAUCAAAUUAAAAUAUAUUGAUGAACUGGAAAAAAGCGAAAAAGCAUUAGUAGUACUGAAAAAUAAUGGAAUUCCAUUAGAUUUGUUGUAUCGGGAAAUGUCACGAUUACGAAAACAAAUUCAAGAAACGGAGAAAGAAGAAAUCGAAUGGAAGAAAAUUAAGCAGACACUUUUUGAUCACAAGGAAACAUACAGGACAAAAUGGAAUUCUUUUCGAGAUAAACCUCGUGCUGUUACUCGAAUUAUAUUCCGCUAUAGAAAACUAGGGUUUUUCAUUAGCGGCGUAGCGUCAGUAAUCUUUUGGAUAAUUGCACUAAUAAAGUUAUUGAAAUAUCGGCAAACAGUGAUACCAGGUUGGCAUUUCGACAUUUCAAUGCAUAAAAAUAAUACGUCUCCGUUUUUACCAACAAAUUCAACAAUAUCAACGAUAUUCACUGGCGAAAUAUUAAUAACUCUUUGGACUCAACCAAUAAUUGAGACUGGGCGCUCUGUACAACAGAACAUAGUUACUGAUGAGUCGACAGAUAAUGGUCUCCAUCCAACAAAGGGAACUGAUGGUAAAAAACAAUGGAGCACAAUUCUCUUGGCAUGUGUCUCUUGUUGUGCAUUGUUGAUUCUAUUUCUUGUUUCGACACUUUACAUGUAUCGUCGUGUUCGACAAACACCUGAGCAGUCAAUAAUGAUGCAACUGUUAGAUUUAGAAGGAGGUGUUGAUGAAAGAAGAGACAAAGAUGGUGACACUCCUCCGCUUCCGACAGCAAGUGGUACAACACCGACGACAAGCGACUUCUUGAGUCCAAUGACAAGGCACAUAGUCAGACAUCCAUUAGGAAGAACAGUGAAUUGGGGUGUGAAAGAAAUAUUUGAUACAUUGAGAAACUGA